CGUGAUUUCCAGGUCCCAUUAUCCAUUUUCACAUCGAUACACCACCAUGUCCAUCAACGUACAUUGCCUCUUCAACGGAUGCCACAACGUCGCGCUGUCGUCGGGCAAAUGCGAAGCCCACAAAACUCGAACCAGGUGUAUGGUGGCGUCAUGCCACAACCAAACGUACGCCCGCAACUUGUGCGUGAAACACGGGGGCAAGCAAAAAUGCAUCGCCGACAACUGCACCGCCAACGCCAGAAGCCACGGCCUGUGUUGCAAGCAUGGCCCCAAGUCCAUGAAAACCCUUUGCGAGGUCGACGGGUGCACCAAAGUGGCGCAUGCCCGGCGUCGCUGCGUCCGCCACGGAGGGGGCCGCGUAUGCAAAGUCGAAAGCUGCGCCGCGUAUGCCCGGUCCGCGGGCCUGUGUUGCCGCCACAGCUACGUCCAAACGGAGGCUACCCUCACCAACACGGUUGAAAAGAAGCCCGAGGUAUUUGACGAAUGGGUGGUCCUGCUCGAAGAAACGUCCAUAUUGCACGUGAACGACUUGAAUGUUGCCCCAAACGACUGUGAAGGCUACUACUGCAGCACCGACGGCAAGAAGGACGUCGUGGCGGAAUUUUCAAGCGACGACUGCGACUGGCUCGAGUUUUUGAUUUCGGACCUUGUAUGUUAGUUAGCCAGGCUCGUAUAUACCAGUAUUUAUAGAAUAAGUUAGCUAUGUACUACGACUACUAUUAAUAGUACUGUACUCCAGGACGGAGAACUAGUUGAUAACGUUACCCCGUAGUACUUUGGACUAACUUCUGAGCAUGUCUCGACUGUUUUACCGAUGGAGGAGCUGUUUCUAUCCAAAGUAGUGAAAUGAGUUUGGAGAAUUGGAUUGGGAACAGUUGUGAAAGAUUGAAGCUGAGGCGUUGGUCACUGGGGCAUGCCCCAGCCAUAGACAGUAGUCGUCGUCGCUUGGGGGGGCGACUGCAACUGGGACGAGGCCUCGCAUUGGCGACGACGUUGGCAGGCGGCGCGGACGGCAUCCAUGGACGCGGCUGAGUAGUUUGGAUAUACUGUGGACGAGCGAAAGGGUGCGGCGACCUGACCCUGAUUGCUAGUAUGAAUUAUUUUGUCGUUUUGAGAGCUCGAAUACGGGUAGUUCGUCGAACAGCAGAAGCUGUGAGGUGGGUGGCUAUUGAUCAAUAAAG